AUGGCAUCAAACGGAAACAAUGACAGCUUUAGCGUCGCCUUCGAAUCCAACUCAAAAUGGCGCCGCAACCUCGCCGAGCUCAAGCCUGAGCUCUUCGAAAAACUAGGCAAAGGUCAAUCUCCAGAAAUUCUCUGGAUUGGCUGUGCCGACUCUCGCUGUCCAGAGACAACCAUUCUCGGCCUUCAGCCUGGUGACAUCUUCUGCCACCGCAACAUUGCCAACAUUCUUGUACCAACUGACCUCAACAGCCUGUCAGUCAUCCAGUAUGCAGUCCAGUACCUCAAGGUCAAACACAUCAUCGUCUGCGGCCACACUAGCUGUGGUGGUAUUGCAGCAGCACUCGCCAACAAGAAAUUGGGCUUGAUCGAUACCUGGCUCAUGCCACUGAGACAUCUCAGACAGCAGAAUCUGAAGAUGCUGGAGGAGCUGCCAGAGAAAGAGCGGGGCCUCAAGAUGGUGGAUCUGAACGUUAGACGAAGCGUUAGUGUGCUUCUUGAGAACCCUGUUGUCAUCGAUGCGAUGGUUGAGAGGGGCAUGCAGGUUCAUGGUGUGAUCUACGAUGUUGGGAGUGGUGAGCUGAACGAAUUGGACAUUACGGAGGAUGAUGAGCUUGUUGCGGAGAGGCAGAAGGCCUUCAAGGUUGCUGAAUAG